AUGGUCAAUCUCCCGCUGGAAGUCAAUGCCUCGGCGGCCUCCUUGAACGGCAUCGGCCGCCUUCACCCCCGCCGGCGACUGCUCGUCUCUCCACCACGCUGGACCUCCCUCCAGCUCGAGUUGCUGGACUGCCAUUUCGAAGACGACGUCGACGACGGCAAUGCCAAAGGCGAUGGAAUUAAAGUAGAAAUAGAAAACACAAAGGCCGAAAAAGCGGAAACAGGAGAAGAAGAGGGAGAAAUGGACGACGAAGAAAGUGGCGAGGUGGGAGGAAUGGACGACGACGGAAAAGGGAGGGCAUCACGGCCAGCACGAGCCUCUCCGAGCCGAGUCUCGUUGGUGAUGCGGAGCCCGGCAGAACGACUUGCGGCAGCCGAUGUCGCUCGCGACGCAAAGCACGUCGCUGCCCGUCAGCUGUUCGAUGCUGCUUUUGACAUGGCCAAUUCGCGUCUGAGCUUUUACUUCAACGGCCGCGCAGGCAGCAAGAUCAACUCGUCCAUCUUCUCCUCGACCAAGGCGUAUCCCAUUUACGAGCCACGGGUGGCCUACGUCGACUAUGUCGACCUCGAAACACGCCGCCGGCGAACGCUCCAGUCCAAGUUCUUGGGCGCCAACAUUGACUGGGAAGGGAGCUCGCCUGGCGCCGUCCUCUUCCGAAAGAACUUUGCCACGCUGACGCCGGCACACUGGUCCCGGGACCCGUUGCUGGUGUCCUUGCUGAUAUCCCUCGCCCAGGCGCAGAGAAAGUUUCAGCGUCUGCGAACGUCCCAUGACAGCCGUUUCGCCACGUCGACGUCGACCUACACCUACCUGCCAAUCGUCCUCUUGACACAUGGCGCCGAUGCUUGCAUUCAUCUCUACAGGGCCAAUAUGCCGGCGGAAUUCUUGACCAAGUUUGAUGAGCCGAGUCGACAGCCUGCCACGCCGACUCGCGUCACCGUCACCCAUUCCAGGAUACCCUUUCGGCCCUUUAAGACGUUCAAAUCUCGAUUGAUGGAAAAGCUACGCCGACUUCCCCGCAGAGGCUGGCUUCGACAUCGACACAGGGCCGCCGGUACGACGGCUACCGUGGCCCUCGCGGACGGCGACCCGCCAUCGACCACUAAAUCUGGGAACGUGACGGGCCAAAAGCGACGACGUGCGUCGGAGGGCAGUGACGCAGAUGCCAAUCGCCAUCGACCGAAGCGGCGCCUUGUCGUCCGAGAAGAUGACAAGGAGAACAGCGGUGCAGAUGGCAGCCUGGCCGGUGCAGGUUCGCCCGACCCGGCCGCGUGA